AUGGCCUUCAAUCGGAUUGCUGUCUAUGGUCACCGUGGAUUUGUUGGCUCUCGAGUUGUUCCUGCUCUGAUUGCUUCAGGAGCUCCGAUUACCGUUCUACACCGCUCAAGUUCGGACACUUCCAAUCUUCCCGAUCAUGUGAGAAAGAUUGAAGUCGACGUUCUUGAUGAAGACGCUUUGGUUAAUGCCUUGCAAGACAUAGACAUCGUGAUUUCUCUUGUUGGGGACGAGGGUACCGACAGACAGUAUGGCUUCGUGAAAGCCAUCCCUAGGACUAAUGUCCAGCUUUUCUCACCUUCGGACUUCUGUCUACGAUACUCUGAACAAGGGAUGCGCAUACCCUGUAUGGUGGCAAAGGCGAAAGUAGAACAGGCUUCCAAGGAUGCCGGCAUCCCGACCACCGUUAUCCACGCUGGAAAUUUCGCUGAAUUCACACUGAAUACAAUGGCAGUGGGUAUCGAUCUGCAUGGCAACAAAAUAGUUCACACAGGCAACUCUGCUCAUGAAAAGGUUACCAUGUGCACCAGGAACUAUGUAGCAGCUGCGUACGUCGACAUAUUUACAAGCAGACCGAUAUCCACUAUACAAAAUCGGACUAUCACGUUGUCCGAGCUUGCACCAACAGGCAUGGAUAUCGCUGCGGUCAUGAAACAGAAGAACGGCGCUGAUCCUUUGAUUGAGACACGAAGCUUGGAGGAUGUCGAUCGAACAAUUGAGGACCAUAUCAGUAAGCAGAGCAAUCUUGCUGUCCCGUCUUAUUGCCGCAAAAUGUGGGGGUCGGGAGAGAUGAUCAAGAUGCUCCCUGAUGAACUUUGGGAAAUUAAGGACUACAAAAAAGCAACUUUGGAAGACCUGGUUCUAGACGAGAAGGUCGGAAGCUACAGGGUUCUACCUGAUUUCAUUGUAGAUUACUUGAGGAAGCUCUGA